UCAGACGCCUGAGUCAGCAAAUUCAGCUCAGUUCAGGGCUGCUAAGCAGAAAAUAUACACUCUCUACGUUUGCAACCAAUUUAACGAUGAUUUUCAUAUUCAAACUAAUCAUUAAAAUAUUAUUCAUUGAACAGGAAGCAGAAAGAUCAAUUAAAUUUUACCAAAAUUUACGCGAUGGUGAUAGUGAAAAACUUCAUUUUGAAAUGAACAAACUAACUGAAUCGCUCUGUAAACAGGUGAAAAGUAAUGGGGAUUCAUUCGAUUGGUUGUAUCUAUUGACAAACCCUGGGAGAAAAGCGUUGACAAUUGGCGUUGUUUUGUCAGUAUUGAGUCCACUUUCUGGGUCUAUAACAAUUUCAACUUACGCUGGAGCCAUAUUUGAAGCGGCUGGAUCAACCAUUCCACCAAACAUAUCAGUGAUUGCUGUAGGGGUCGUACAACUUCUUGGCACAUUAAUUACAACGAAUUUCAUUGAACGUGCUGGACGAAAGGUAGCCCAUAAUAAUUUCUUACAGAUUCUUUUUUUGUACAUUGUGUCAACAAAUGGAACUGCCUUGGGAUUGGUCGUUUUGGGUGUAUUCAUGAUGCUAAAAUCAUGGCAGUACAAUGUUGAAUCAUUCGAUUGGAUUCCGAUUGUGAGCUUUUCACUGGCGAUUUUCUCCGCAGCAUGGGCCAUUAUGAGCCUGCCCUUCGUUAUUAUUUCCGAAAUUUUGCCGGAAAAACUAAAAGAUUUCGGUGCAAAUCUUUGUUCCACACUUUUAUGGUCGUUCGGAUUCAUUGUUCCCAAAUAUUUUCCAUUCUUUACGGACAUAAUUGGAUAUCAUGGAACCAUGUUCCUUUUUGCUGGAUUUUGCUUAUUGGGCUCAUUGUUUGUUUCGAUGUGCUUACCCGAGACAAAGGGGAAGAGCCGCGAUCAAAUCAUGGAUAUGCUUCGUUAA